CUUUCAGUAUGCCUGCACACGCGGAUCGGGUAGCUACAGGUAUUACCAGACCGUCUCACUGGCUGUAUAUUAGAGAUGCGAAGUGUUACUGGCAAUCGAGUGACUGACUGACUAAAGGUAUCCUGCUUCAGGGCGAACCAAGUCCCCAAAAGACAACGAAAUAAAGCUGCCAUUUCCGGUAACGUCUAUAAAAUGAAGGCAAUUGUCCAUCUAUCUAGGAUCUUCUAGAGGUGGUAUAUAAAUGGGAAUAAACUGACUCAGAAGAGACAAGUAAUGUGUGAUGUGCUAUUCAGAUCAGUGUUGCUAUUUCAGAGUGGAUCCUUCCAGAAUCAUUGUGUCCAAGUGAAAACCAAACCAUUGGAUUCUGACAUAAAGGAGACUGAGAAAGCAUUAUGUUCAUUACGUUCUGUAAAAGGUAAUAUAUGAAAAUAAUCAACAUAAUUUCAGACUUCAGUUUGCUGUGCUGUGUUGCUUCACAGUUGGUUUUUUGGUUGGGUGCUGCUUUGUCCACUUUACGUUUAACUUUAGUGGCACAUGGAAGGAACCAGAAAACGGGAGCACCUCUAAAAAACUGUAUCAAUAAGCUGGUCAACAAAAGGCUAGUAACCAACUGCAUUGGCCAACUGUAGUGAAGGAUAUGACUUAAGUUUCAGUGAGAUUGGUGGGUGUAAUUUAUAUAAGAUAGACUUGCAGAGACCUUUCAACCUGAAGUUCACCCAUCGGUAAACUGAAAUUUUGUUUGCUUCUGUAAGUGUUGUGACUUGAAGAAGAUCUUGUAGUUCUCUGAGGGGCAACAGCAAAACCUUUGAAAGCCAGAUUCUCAUCCUGCUGCAGCACUAACUGGAAGUGUUGGCUGCUUACUUAAUGUACUUAAAGUAAUUUUCUUUCUUGGUAAGGGAGUUGGAUGCUGAAGGAAGGCCUCCUAUAAAGAAAACUGCAACAUUUAGGUACAAGCACCCCUUGUACAAUACAAGCAAAGGGAGAAUAUCUGACUGCACAGGAGUCUCCUUUCUUUGUAUGACAUGGAAAACAAUAAGAAUGUGCAUAUUAAGGAAGAAAACUGUGAAUGGGAAUGCUUGCAACAUCAGAUGAAGAUUUAUAGCAUUAAGGAAGAGGAAGAUUCUAAAUUGGGGCUACUAAACGUUAAAAGAGAAUCUGAGCCAACAUCAGAUACAAGUGACUUGCAACUAAAUACAAUUCUAAACCAUGUCAAGGCAGAAGACUUCAAAUCAGAGGCUGUCUCUCAACUUGUGUGUCCAGAAGAAGAGCAAACUGGAACAGACUUCACGAAAAGUAGAUUUCACUCCUUCCAGAAUGAUUAUGUCCAAGUGAAAACUGAACCUUUGGAUUCUGACAUAAAGGAGACGGAGAAUGCAUCAUGUUCAGCACAUUCUGGAGAAGAUUUACAAGAAAGACGGACCGUCUCCCAGUCUUCAUUUUUUGAGGCCUCUUUUCACAGUAGACCACAGCAAAAUCAAAAUGUGAAAAAACUGACAUCGGAAUCAGAGAUUUUGACACCAGCCUCAGUGAAAUAUAGUUCUCUUAUGAAAUUAACAAGGGUAAGAAUAAUCCACACUAAACCACAGGGGCGUAAUGCAAAUUCAGCAGCUCCGUAUGUUUGUCAAAUGCAGACAAGAAUAUUUAAAGAAAAAUUGAGAUCUGAACUUCACAGGGAUCACACACAACAGAAACCAUACUGUUCUGAAUGUGGAAAACAAUUCUUUAGCAAAAGCUGCCUUGAAAGACACAAACGAAUACACACUGGAAUGAAGCCAUAUUGCUGUACUGAUUGCGGGAAACAAUUUAACACCAGUUCUAAUCUUAAGACCCACACAAGAGUUCACACAGGAGAGAGGCCAUAUUGCUGUUCUGAGUGUGGCAAAAAAUUCUCAAGGAGUACUUCUCUUCAGGUUCAUUCAAGAAUGCACACUGGAGAGAAGCCAUAUUGCUGUUCUGAGUGUGGUAAGCGAUUCUCUAGUUAUAGCAGUUUUCAGAGACAUAAAAGAAUUCAUAAUGGGGAGAGGCCUUAUCAUUGUUUGGAAUGUGGCAAAGGAUUUUCUGAUGUAAGCAAUCUUAAAAGUCAUGCAAGAAUUCACACCGGGGAGAAGCCAUUUCGCACUUCUGAAUCUGGCAAACAAGUUUCUGACAAUCUGCAAUCUUUAUAUUAAUUCAAGAACUCGCAAAGAAGAAAUGCCAUAUAGCUUUUCAGAGUGUGGCAAAUGAUUAGCACAAAUGACAAGCCUCAGAUCCAUUUAAAAAUUACACACUGGACAGAGGCCAUAUUGCUGUUUUGACUGGAAAACAAUUCUCAAGGAGUGGCAGAUUUCAAUAACAUAAGAUUUCAUAUUGGAGAAAGGCCAUAUUGCUGUUUUGACAGUGGCAAAUUGUUCUUUAAUACAAGCAGUCUUCAGAUUCAUACAAUAAUUUACACAAGAGAAAUGCUAUACUGCUGUUUUGAAUGUGGCAAAGGAUUUGGCACAAAUGGCAAGCUUCAAGUCUACUUCAGAAUACACACUGAAGAGAAACUUUAUUGCUGUUCUGACUGUGGCAAAAUAUUCUCAAGGAGUACUACCGUGCAGGGCCAUUCAAGAGUACACAGUGGAGAGAAGCCAUAUUGCUGUUCUGAGUGUGGUAAACGAUUCUCUACGAGUAGCAGCUGUGGAAGUAAAACAACUCCCCCGAGGAAGACUGGACAAGUUCAAUCAAUUAGAUUUUUUUUCAGUCACAGAUGAGUAUGUGGAUGUUGCAAGGC